CUUCACAACGAGGAUGACCCCCCAGAGUCUUCAGCAGCUGAGCAACCUUCCACAUCUACAGAGACUACACAGACUCCCCAGACAGCAGCCUUAUCUGAAGCAGAUACUUCCCCUCCACCUUACUGUAGCAUAGCUGUAGAAGCAGCUGCAACCUCAGAAACACGCAAUGAAUUUUACCCUGUACCACCUCCAUACAGUGUAGCUACCUCUCUUCCUACUUACGAUGAAGCAGAGAAGGCCAAAGCUGCAGCAAGGGCAGCAGCUGCCGCAGAAGUUGCCCAACGA